UAUAUAAGGAGUAAAUUUCUCUUCAGCGGUACACAGUUCCAUUGUGAUAUUUCAACGAGUCAAUACCACACAAAAGGAUAGUUGAAAUGAAGGCUUUAUUUGCUGCAGUAGUUUUGGUUGCAAUUGUCCAGGCACAAUCGCUAACAGAUAAACAAAAAGAGCUCCUAGCUCAACACUACAAAGAAUGCAUUGAAAAAUCCAAAGUCGAUCAGGCAAUUCUCCAAAAAGCACGUGCCGGUGACUUCGUUGAUGAUGCCAAAUUGAAAGACCACAUCCUUUGCGUUACACAAAAAAUGGGUUUCCAAAACGAAGCCGGGGCCCUGCAAAAAGAAGUCAUCGAACGAAAACUUAAAGAAGCCGUUAAAGGAGAUGAAGCCAAAGCUAAGCAAUUGAUCAAGGCUUGCGCUGUAGCUAACUCUGAUCCAAAAUUGCAAGCGUUUAAUGCUUUCAAAUGCAUUUACCAGAAGGCUAACAUUAACUUGUUGUGAAGUUCUUUUGUUCUGGCACCAUGUGUUCUGAUCUAAUGUCGAAGUAAAUUGUUUUGACUAAAUAUCUUGAAUGUUUUAUUUAACCUGCCUCAAGGUUUCACAUUAUAAAUGUAUAAUUUGUGGUCCAUUCAACUUAGAACCACCGUAUUUCAGACUCAUUCCAGAA